CGGCUGAGUAUUUGUCCGUUGAAGAUGAUGACAAUAACAGGGUCUUGUUUAGAUGCCGGUUAUCAUGCUGACUCGGGAUACCGGGCAGUAUGGACACCCUUCAUACUAAUGACCAGUCUGGAAUGGGUGUCCAGACAAGCUCAUCUAGACGCUAUCCGGCUCCACCGGCCCACUGCGAAUGACGAGGCCGGCUCGUUGGUUGCCUGAUAUCAUUCCCAUCGGAUGACAUCAAGGACAAGGUUGACUAUCGGCUUUCGGGUUUGCCGAAACAGACGGGCAAGUACUUCUCCAUCACAAUUAUGAAAGAAGUAUAUAUUGCCGUGCUGGUGCCCUGGAUGGUCCCUAGUUGAUACAGACAAUUCUACAAUCACUACAAUCCUUCCAUCAAAUAGCAUUCCAUUCCCUUGCCGAUCUAUAUCUAGCACAUCAUAUACAUCAUGGUCGUUAACAUCACCGCCGAAGAUCCUCAACCUACCAUCCACAGCCACAUCAAUGGCACUACGGAAGAGAUCCUGGAUCGGCUAUGUGUCACCGAGCUCCUGAAGGGAUGGCCAGUAUACCGAGAUGCCUCGGAAUGGGCCCACUACCGAAACUGUUUCGCUGAACAGGCUUACAUCUUUACCACAUGGAGUGGCGGCAUGCCCAUCGAUGAAUUCAUCGAAGUCUCCAAGAAGGGCCGUCGAAACGGCGACCAUAUCAUGCACCGCGAAAACGGCACUCUCGUGGAGCUGAACUCCAAGACAGGCCGUGCUGUGGGAAAAAUGAAAGCCACUAUCACCCAGCGCUUCUCAUUUGAUGGCAUUGAGUUUGAUGUUGAAUGUGACUGCCGCUUUAUUAUGUGGUGCCAGAAGGAUCCAGCCGGGUGGAAGGUCCACUACAAGCGCUUGUUCUACGAGAAGGAUAAGAUCAUGCCCGUGGAUGGCAAGCAUGUGCCUGAUUUCUCGGAGGAGGAGCUCAAGCCGUAUCCGUAUGGAUAUAGGUAUCUGGGUGCUUCUCAGGCGAGAUUGGGGCAUAAGAUUAAGUUGGAUUUGCCGACGAUGGAGGAUAAUGAUAAGUUCCGGGGCAUGUAUGAGGCUAUGGAGAAGUGGUUGAGGGGAGAGGAUAUUAAGGAGACUUUGGGGAUUCCUGUAUAG